AUGACUGAGACAGUGGAGUGCUAUUAUUACAUGAUGUUCACAAAACGCUUUGAUGCUGCUCUGCAGCAGGAUGUGCAGGCGAAGAUUGGAGAGGACGUCACACUUCAGUGUCAGAUUUCCACAGAUGAAAGAAUCUCGGUGCUGAAGUGGAGCAGAGCUGACCUGAACACAGACGGCUACGUCUACUUCUACAGGAACAAACGCUUCUAUGAAAACUACCAACAUCCAUCUUUUCAUGGAAGAGUGAAGCUGAGGGACCCGGAGAUGAAGGAUGGAGACGUUUCUGUGAUCCUGAAGAAGGUCACGUUUAAUGACACUGGGAUUUAUGAGUGUCACGUAGCUGUGAGGAACCCUGUGAGAAGUAAAAGAGCUCACACUGAGAUCAGUCACUUCAUCAACCUCACAGUCACAGGUGAAACGGAUAAAACCACGUUGGAACAGCAGCUGAAG